AUGAGUUUAGCCUACACAUGGAUCCACUUACUCUAUCUACAUUUAAAUAUAAAGGAUAUUUACAUUAUCUGGUUGCACCAAACAUUGGCUUUGAAGUUAGUUGGAUUAGCCUUCGAAAUAAACGCAGUUCAAAUAAAAGUAGACGCCAAAGGUGUAUCAAAAUUGACUAUAGGAGACAGUGACACCAUGACGCCAGAGCCGACCGCAGCUGAUAUAAUUGCAUAUUCGUAUUAUUUUAUUGGACUUCAUAGAGGGCCAUAUUACCGUUGGAAAAUCUUUUAUGAUCACUUUCAUGCGCCAUUUGGAGUUCUAGGUGAUUGUAGAAUAAUUACAGUACAAAAACUAAAAAAAGCUGCUGUAUGUGGGAUUGGAUAUUGGAUUUUAUUUAACAAGUAUUCACCAAAGUUAUAUUUUGAAGAUGUAUUCUACGACACACAUGGGGCGGACUUCCGAUACCUGUACAAUAUACCGCAACUUAUUAUGUACUUUCUGCACUACCAAGCGAUUAUGAUGCUGUGUACGAGUGUUUUUACGGAGACUGGUUUCGGUGUAUACCCAGCUAAAUGUCAACCUGUGCCAGGAUUUGGGCCGACUUGUCGAUUAAGUUUCUUAGCAUUGGCAACCUCUUCUCCUGAUGUAGCAAUGGAAGAAGAAUAUAAUUUCACGAUGCUCAAAUGCUUUAACAAUGAAACCUUGCUGUCAGGACCAAAAAUGAAAGACACCAUGCAAAGUUGGGACAUGCCGACUCGUUAUUGGUUCUGGGCUUACGUACAUAAAACAUUUUUAAAAUCAAAUAAGGAAGUAAGA